AUGCCACGCUCAUCCGCUGCGGGCAGGAAGAAUCAGAGCAAUCGACACGAGAAUGGCCUCGUCGGUCCCGGCAAGAAAGUAACCAAGCAGAAGUCCAACAGCCAUCUCAACGGCUCGCCCGGCAACGGCAACGCUCCCGGCUCGGGCGCCUCUGCUCCUUUCGACCUGCCCUCGUCUCGUUCCACUAGUGACCCCGCGGUCACCUCUCCGGCGGUCGUGUGCAAGGGUGUGGAUGGGACCAAGCUCGAUGGCAAUGUGCGUGGGCUGGUGAAUGGGCAUAGUAAAGGUGUGGCGGACAUGGCGUGCGGCGAAACCAACGGCGCCGUGCCGCAUAAUGGCGGCAUGACAAGUUCGGCCUCUCGCAAUGGCACUACCAAACGAUCUGGUUCCAACGCUUCAAUAAACCCGCUCCAACUCGCGUCCACGAUACUCAAGUCGUGCCCCAUGUACGACACGAUUGCCAUUCUGAUUUUUCUGCUACAACUUCCGCCGAUGGUCCUGACCCUGGUUCAAUUCCUGUUCGCGUCCCUGACAUUCAUGCCUCCAAGUGGCGCCGCUGCUGGUUCCUUGUCGUCAAAUUUUGACAUCUUCCAAGGUCCGGCCGGGACGCCUUCUCUUGGGACUAUGAUCGCCAUGGACGGGUUCUGCCUUCUCUUCUGGGGCCUGUUCAUGUGGACGUGGGCACAAAACUUUGCAAUCGACCUUGCCCACGUCCAAGUCGCCAUUACUUUGGGCGGCGGAGGCUCCGGGAAGAACGGUGGGGUCAACGCUCUGUGCGUCGGAAUUGUUCUGCUGCUUCAUGUUAUUCGCAGCAAAGGCAUACAAGAAUUUGUGAUGGGGCAUCUUGUUUCUGCCAAACUCAUUAGCCCCGAUCUUCUCUCGCAGUACUCGAAUAUUCUACCCGCCGAAUUCCGACGAUCCGAAUCGCAAACCUCGCCGAGUUGGUUACGGAGUCUGCUCGCCGUUCAUAUAUUAGCACAAGCCGGAACUGCGAUGGCGAGACGUUCAAUGGCUAAGAACCGGUCCCCGGCCCCACCGCGGACCGGCAAGCGUGGGGAUACAGAAGCGUCCGCAGGCUCGCAGGGCCAGCCCGAUUCUGCUCUGGAGUCUGCCGCUAGCCUUUCGUCUUCUUUCGUGGGGCCGGAUGGUCAAUUUGUCAAGGACAGCAAGGAUCGUUUAACGUCAGCCAAGAAACGCAGGCGACAAGCCAAUCAAGUUCGAAGCCGUCAACCAUUUUGGGCCGCCCUUGCCAGUACAAAGGUUACAGUCAUGCGGGAAUACGAGCAUUCGCGGGUGCUAUCGAAGACUGCACGCGGGUUGACAAUGGCCGAAGACGACUUGCAGGGAGUUCCCGUCGAUGAAGGAUUGGUAUGGAUUACAGAUGUGGACGGUUCUACAAUCAAAUUUGCUGCCGGUGAUCUUGCCGAUGAUUCUAUGGCGCCGAGCUCUUGUGAUGUUGGUCGUGUAGAAGGAGAUAUGGAGCCGUUCUAUGUCUGUGUCAAUGGGGCACUUUGGGCAACCGCGACGAUUUGCAGGGUUUCUGAUUCUUCUAAGGAACCCAGUAUAGUCCAUUGGAGGGGCGAGAUCUCCGGACUUGCACCCAAUUGCGCUUAUACGUGUUCUUUCGUGCGCAGCGAUACCAAUGAAGAAAUCUGUGUCAUGAGUGUCAAAACGCCCGCGACGGCCGACACGGAACAAGCUGUUUCCUCGGUACCGACACCACCACAGCCACCCUAUCGGCCCUCGUCCCCUACGACCACGCUCAAGAACUCCGUCAUCAACGCCGAAGCCAAACUGAACGAGAAGCGCUCUCGAUUGAAGAAGACGAAGAACGAUCACAAACUUCUCAUCUCGAAAAUCCGGAGGGAGUUGGACAACUAUAACCAUCGACUUCAGAGUGGAACAGACGAGAAUAGACAAAAGCAGCGCUCGCUCCAGCUUGAGCGAAACAUUCGGCAAACAGAGGAGGCCACUGCGGUGUUGGAGAUGCAACUAGACAACAUGGAGAACGUGCCGGAGGAGGAGAUGGAGCAAUGGUCUGCGCACAAAGCUGAUUUCGACCGUGAAUUGGAGCUUUUCAAUCAGACCAAGGAAGAGGUUGCUGAAGCUCGCCUUGCCUCAGCCCAACAAGUGUCAUCCUUGGAGCAGGAGUUGAAUCUGGCUGUCCAGAAGCGCGAGCGUCUUCAGAGCCGCCGUACUCGCGUCAACGAACAGUACGAGCGCAUCAUAUCGGCCAAUGCCCAAGGUUUGAACGAAAGAGAGCGUCGCGCAGCCGAACAGUUUGCCCGAGAGCAAGACCACGCCAAAAUGGAGACCAACUUCCACGAGCAAUUUGCAAGCAUCAGCCAGUCUGUACAGGACUUCCAGUUACGUACUAGUCAACUUUGGCAGCAGGCUUCUGCGAUCGAACAGUCCAUACAGCAGCAGCAACAGCAAAUGCUCCUCGACUCUGGUCCUUUGACUCCUGAGGGCAACUUGCCGGGCACCAACCCAAUGGCCGAAAUCAUUACAACAACCUCCGCUCUUAAUGGACGAGCGUUGCUGGGCCUCAGUUUUCCUCCCGCCAGGUCUAGCCCUCUCCAGACUGCAUCUUCGCCUAUCCAUGCUUCAUCGUCACAUCCAACAAGCCCCGUACAAGAUUCCACCUUUAUGCCUCAGUUUUCGACCUCCCCGCUCGGCAACACCGGCUCCUACUUUGGGACGGGCAUCACCAACCGGGACCGCUCCUUCUCCAACCGUUCCACUCGUAGCAGUCAAUAUGGUUCAGAUUUCUUCGAGUCGAGUCGUCUUCCGUCGGUCCAGCUCGACCUGUCCGAUAUUCUCUCUGACAAGCAGCAACGCUUUGGGUCAGAUGGGAACGGCUUUUUGCAACACGGUGGCCGACCUGUUCUGAGCCCUUUCCAGCGGGCAGCGAGCCGCGUUAGCGGAGCUGGUAGUGGCAGCGGUGGCAGCGGCAGCGGAAGUGGCAGUCCCAGAUCGGCGCGCGAAUGA